GCUCUCUUCUUCUUCUUCUUCUUCUAGUUCGGCAUUUAUGGCGUUCCCGUGACUCUUGCCGUCGUACAGCAGCAACCCUCACUAACUUAAACGCCAUUGUCCGUCGCUGUCAAGCUGCUGUGGAGUUAUCGCUCGGUUUCCUACAGUUUCUCUCUUUCUCUGGCUCUGGAGAGUUUUUUUUUCUCCUUCCUCUCACUCCGUCACUUGUUCUUCUCCAGCUGAAGAGAAAUAGAAGAAGAUAUGGCACAAAGUCUGCGCCGGAGUGUGUCUCCGUAUGCCUCCAGCUACAGUAAUGGUGGUAGUGAAGGCAACAGUCAUUUGCAUUCUCCUAUAAAUUUGCCAAACGGGGAUGGAUACGACAGUGAUGGCUCCAAUUUAUCGUCAUCUGCUCCGGCAAGUCCUUUAAUGGCACUUCCAGCUGAACUUGCUGGCGCUAUACCUUUGCUUGAGAGAUUCCAGGUCGAGGGAUUCUUAAAAAUGAUGCAGAAACAGAUUCAGUCAACUGGAAGACGUGGAUUUUUCUCUAAAAAAUCCACAGGCCCUCCAGUUAAGGAAAAAUUCACAUUUGAGGAUAUGCUAUGUUUCCAGAAGGAUCCUAUCCCAACUUCUUUACUGAAAAUCAACAGCGAUUUGAUAGGACGGGCCGCUAAGCUGUUUCUGAUAAUUUUGAAGUACAUGGGGGUUGAUUCUUCUGAUCGAGCAACUCCAGCUAGUUUAGAUGAGCGGAUUGAGCUGGUUGGUAAAUUGUACAAGCACACAUUGAAGCGUGCCGAGCUCCGGGAUGAACUUUUUGCCCAGAUUUCUAAACAAACAAGAAAUAACCCAGACAAGCAGUAUUUGAUUAAAUCAUGGGAGCUAAUGUAUUUAUGUGCUUCCUCCAUGCCUCCUAGCAAGGACAUUGGUGGAUAUCUAUCUGAGUAUGUACAUGAUAUCGCUUAUGGUGCGAGUACAGAGGCUGAUGUCCAAUUCCUUGCUUUAAAUACUUUGAAUGCUUUGAAGCGCUCUGUUAAGGCCGGUCCUCGGCAUACAAUACCUGGCCGCGAGGAAAUUGAAGCUCUUCUGACUGGUCGAAGGCUUACAACAAUAGUAUUCUUUUUGGAUGAGACUUUUGAAGAAAUCACAUAUGACAUGGCCACAACUGUUGCUGAUUCUGUUGAGGAGCUUGCUGGGAUCAUUAAGCUGUCCGCAUAUUCUAGUUUCAGUCUCUUUGAAUGCCGCAAGGUUGUCACAGGUUCCAAAUCAGCUGACCCUGGAAAUGAGGAGUACGUUGGGUUAGAUGAUAACAAGUACAUUGGAGAUUUGCUAGCUGAAUUCAAGGCAGCCAAAGAGAGAAGUAAAGGAGAAAUUUUACACUGCAAACUGAUUUUCAAGAAGAAGCUAUUUCGUGAGUCUGAUGAAGCUGUAACAGACCUAAUGUUUGUGCAAUUAUCAUAUGUUCAGUUGCAACAUGACUAUGUGCAAGGAAACUAUCCGGUUGGAAGGGAUGAUGCUGCACAAUUGUCUGCCUUGCAAAUCUUAGUUGAGAUUGGAUAUGUUGGUAGCCCUGAAUCAUGCACUGAUUGGACUACUCUCAUUGAACGACUCCUACCAAGGCAAAUUGCAAUUACACGAGGAAAGCGGGAAUGGGAGUUGGACAUUCUGUCUCGUUACCGUUCACUAGAAAAUCUGACAAAAGAUGAUGCCAGACAACAGUUUUUGCGGAUAUUGAAGACUCUUCCUUAUGGAAAUUCAGUUUUCUUUAGCGUUCGCAAGAUUGAUGAUCCCAUUGGUCUUUUGCCAGGAAGGAUAAUUCUUGGGAUCAAUAAAAGAGGGGUACACUUUUUCCGGCCAGUUCCAAAGGAGUAUCUACAUUCUGCUGAGUUGAGAGACAUAAUGCAAUUUGGCAGCAGCAACACGGCUGUUUUCUUCAAGAUGAGAGUCGCUGGUGUUCUUCACAUUUUCCAGUUUGAGACCAAGCAGGGAGAAGAAAUCUGUGUUGCCCUUCAAACACACAUAAACGAUGUCAUGUUACGUCGAUAUUCCAAAGCUCGCUCAGCUACUGGCAGCUUGAUGAAUGGAGAUCUUUCUAAUAAUUCAAAACCACCUGCGAAUGUCGAGAUUUAUGAAAAGCGUAUACAGAAUUUAUCCAAAAGUAUUGAGGAAUUCCAGAGAAAUACUGAUCAGUUAGUUCAAGCAUUGCAUGUAAGGCAAGAGCAAGAGCUAAGAUUGCAAGAUGAAUUGGAGGGGUUGAGAGAUUCAUUGAGGUCCGAGCAGCAGAACUCAACAGCUCUCACAGUUGACCGCGAUAGACUCAGAUCCAUGUGUGCUGAAAAGGACAAAGCUCUUCAGACUGCACUGUUGGACAAGAGGAACAUGGAAUCGAAGUUGUCCAGUCUUGGUAAUCUAGCAUCUAGCAAAGCGAACAUGGUUGCAACUAAUUAUCAGAUUCAGAAGGAGUCUUUGAAGUUGCAAGAAGAACUAAAAUUACAAAAGGAGGAGCUGCAUACAAUGCAAGAAAGUCUAGAAAAGCUCAGAAAUGAAAAUAUGCUUUUAGAAGAGAAGAUCUCCAGACUCGAGAAGAAGAAAAUUGACGAGAUUGAAGUUCGCGAAAGAAACUUUGAUCAGGAAAGGAAAGCAUCAAAGCUCCGUAUUAGUGAAUUGGAAAAGAAGCUUGAAGUUGCCAGUCAGGAUUUGACUAUUGCUAAGUCCACUCUGGCAGAUAGGGAGGCAGAUUACUCUGUCCUGCAGAAUAAUUUGAAAGAAUUGGAGGACCUAAGAGAAAUGAAAGAGGACAUCGAUAGAAAGAAUGAGCAGACUGCUGCUAUACUGAAAAUGCAAGGGGCGCAACUAGCUGAGAUGGAGGCGCUUUACAAGGAAGAACAAGUGCUGCGCAAGCGGUACUUUAACAUGAUUGAAGAUAUGAAAGGCAAGAUCAGAGUUUAUUGCCGUUUAAGACCUCUAAACGAGAAAGAAAUUGCUGAAAGGGAAAGGCAAAUCGUCUCGAGCACAGAUGAGUUCACAGUAGAACACCCAUGGAAGGAUGACAAGGCAAAACAACAUUUGUAUGAUCGUGUCUUUGAUGGCAGUGCAUCACAAGAAGAUAUAUUUGAAGAUACAAGAUACCUGGUUCAAUCCGCUGUUGAUGGAUAUAAUGUUUGUAUUUUCGCUUAUGGUCAAACCGGCUCUGGGAAGACAUUUACAAUAUACGGCUCAGAUGGAAAUCCUGGACUCACACUAAGGGCAACUGCAGAGAUCUUUAACAUCUUGAAACGCGAUAGCAAGAAAUUCUCGUUUUCUUUGAAGGCAUAUAUGGUUGAGCUGUAUCAGGAUACACUUGUUGACCUUUUACUGCCGAAAACUGCAAAGCCUUUGAAAUUGGACAUAAAGAAAGACUCAAAGGGUAUGGUCUCAGUCGAAAAUGCGACAGUUAAGUCAAUCUCGUCGUUUGAGGAUCUAAAAACCAUUAUCCAACGAGGAUCAGAGCGUCGACAUACAUCCGGGACUCAAAUGAACGAAGAAAGUUCUCGGUCCCAUUUGAUACUCUCUGUCGUGAUAGAGAGCACAAACCUUCAGACGCAGUCUGUUGCAAGGGGAAAGAUAAGUUUCGUGGACCUUGCUGGUUCAGAACGGAUCAAGAAAUCAGGCUCCACCGGGAACCAACUGAAAGAAGCUCAAAGCAUAAACAAAUCACUCUCUGCUCUAGGAGAUGUGAUCAGUGCAUUGUCCACCGGUGGCCAACACAUUCCGUACAGAAAUCACAAGCUGACCAUGUUGAUGAGCGACUCUCUGGGUGGUAAUGCCAAGACCCUCAUGUUUGUAAAUGUUUCCCCAGCUGGAUCGAAUUUAGAUGAAACAUACAACUCCCUCACGUAUGCAUCACGAGUACGAGCCAUAGUGAACGACCCAAGCAAGAACGUUUCGUCGAAAGAGAUAGCUCGGUUGAAGAAGCAAAUAGCACACUGGAAAGAGCAGGCGGGUAGAAGGGGAGAUGAAGAGGAGUUGGAAGAGAUUCAAGAACAGAGAACUCCAGCUAAAGAAAGGUCCGACGGGCGAUAUUCCCUGUGAUAUCCAAAAACCCUUGUUUAUCCACUUUGAUCGGUUCGAGUACCUAUGAAUUCGUGUUCAAUUGACAUCCCUACGGACGAGGCAAUAUCGAAACUGUAGGAGCUGAAUGCGAAAGAUACCUCCAAGGAAGACUGCCGGUUCAUACAGGGCUGAUGAAUGGGACGUUAACAAAUGGGCUUGGGAGGGGCAAUUGAAAGUUGUUAGCAAAGGAGAAGAAUGCAUUAUAAGGCUGGAAGAUAAAUCCACAGGUGAGCUAUAUGCAAGGGCAUUCCUUAGGAAAGAGGAUCCUCAUCCUGUUGAACCUGUGAUUGAUAGUAGCAGAUAUUUUGUCCUUCGAAUUGAGGAAAACGUUGGUGGUAGACUUCGGCAUGCAUUUAUUGGGCUUGGGUUCCGGGAAAGAACAGAAGCUUAUGACUUUCAGGCAGCCCUUCAUGACCACAUGAAGUACCUGGACAAGAAGAAAACUGCAGAAGAGAUGGAACAACAUUUUCAGCACACUUCGGGCCUCGACUACAGUUUAAAAAAAGGGGAAACCCUUGUCCUCCAAAUAAAAAAUCCAAUACCCGGUCGUGGGUUCAAGUCCCAGUUUUUUGAGCAAGGUCUGAACAAUCUGUCAUUGGAGGAGAAGGCUGGUAGCAAAGAGCCAAUCCUUAGUAUUAGACCUCCCCCUCCCCCACCAGGUCCCCUUUCGCCAGUAAGGGCCAUGGCCAUCACCCCGACAAACUCGCCUCCAAAGCUUAAUCUGGACACAAGCACCACUACGAAGGAAGAGGGGAAGGUACUGCAGUCUCAAGGGAAGAUGGAAAGCAUACAAGAAAACUUUGAUGAUGAUUUUGGAGAUUUUCAGGCAGCUGGGUAACUGGAUUGAGAGAAUCAACACCUUUACAAAACAAAAGUAAGUUGCAACUUACAAACAUAGAUACCUGGCAUAUGUAGAAUUACACCUGUGGAAGAACAACUUAUCUACUACAUAGAAGUUGUAUUCAUUCAUUAGAGUUAGCUCCUAUUCCGGAGAAGUUUCUGCUUCUGCUUUUGAUGCCAUUAUGUCCCUCCUGAUACCCACAAGCAUGCCUGCCCUUGCUAUGCAUAGCUGAAAACCCAUGAUGGCAAGUUUAAAUACCCCUGAAUUGGUCAUCGUCGUUAUUUGCUAUUAGAUAAUACCGAGUUUCCAUUACUUCCAUGUGUUGGUUCUUUGGACAUAUGUACUACUGCUACCUUGCCCUCAAUCCAUCGGUCUUCUCUUCUCAAUCUCUAAUAAUUUGCAUCAGUUUUAGUUAACCAACACAA